UAAGAUUUCAGACCGGACUGGACUCGAAUCCAGACCUAAUGGAGCCGGAUCCAUCCCAAGCCACGAGCAAAUUUCGGGCAGCAGGCAACACUCCUGCUAGGAACACUUCUAACCUCCUGUGGCAGACUUAAACGACAACGUUGGUAUAUUACCUUCUUACUGAAGCAAAGCUGUACUACUCUACUCUAUUACGAAGAAACGAAUCAAGUCAACUCCCCACUACGAAACGAAUCAAAUCAACUCCCUUCCUCUUCUAUUCUAUGCUGAUUUCUUCACCCUUUUCUGCUCCUGUCAAAAUCCACCACUCUAUGUAAUAAUUAAUGUAUUACGAUUGCAUCAGGAGUUCGCACCUUAAUUACAUAGAAAUUUGAUACUCCAAACGAUCAUGGACAAGAAGGGAUACAGAAUGAGUGACUGGGAAACUCACACACAGAUGGACAAGUAAAGAAAGAGGAUUCAUACGAUAACCCAUUGGAUGAUUAAGGGCAUUGUGAUCUUUUUGCUAUAAAGGAGUGGAAAUGGUCCCUUCUCCAGUUUGCUCAAACUAAUCAAGGAAAAAUCCACUGAGGCACUAACUUUUGAGGCACUUUCAAUUCGGAGAUUAUAAUUGGUGGCGAGAGAUCUAACCAUUUAUUUUUGCCAAAAAUCAGAAAGCAUAUUGUGUGAUCUAGUCCUUCACAUUCUGAACUUUACUCACAGUAACAUCCAAAUGGGGUUUGGAGAUUCUGACCAUGAGCAUCCGUUAAGACGUCAGUGGACACCAAAAGAGGGAGUUGUUUGUUUUAGGUGUGACCUUCCUCCUUUUGAGUGUGAGCCACCUAUGUCUGAUCGCGGUUACGGUUGCACCCGUUGCAACUACUUUACUCACAAGUUGUGUGCCGAAUUGCCCGCGAACAUGAUGCACCCAAUUCAUGGUGAACAUCUUCUCACCCUUUUGCCAUCACCACCAUCCAAUUGCAGCAGCACCAUUUGCAAUGAUUGUGGUGACAGUUGUCAUGGCUAUAUCUACCAUUGUGCAACCUGCCAAUUUAACCUCCAUCUUAAAUGCUUUCUCACUCUGAAACAUGAAAAUCACCAGCACCCUCUCCGCCUCUGCAACUUGGAACCUAUAUUUGCAUCUGGAUCCAAUUGCAUUGCAUGUGGGUAUCCUGCUGAUGGCUUCACCUUUGGUUGUGAUAACUGUCAGUUUUUCAUCCACCAUGAGUGUGCUUUUAUACCACCCAGUGUCAAGCACCAUCAUCGCCAUGUGCUCACCUUAACUUAUACUUUUCCAGAGGAAUCUGACCAAGUGUACUGUGAUGUAUGCGAAGAGGAAGCAGGACCACCCCUGCAGCACUUGGAGUACUGGCAUGCGGGGCGAGAGAAAAAGAAGCAUGAUUCAGAAAGCAACAAAUCAUUAUAUUACUACUAUUGUAAAGGUUGUGACUACAUUGCUCAUGUGUUUUGUGUGACACAAGUCACAAGGGUCACGAGGCUGAAGCAGGAGGGAGAGAAAGAGGAAUGGCUUGAACACUUCAGUCACCUGCACCCCUUGAGCUUUUCUCGCAAGGUAAAGGACUUCCAGAGUAACUGUUCCGGAUGUGGUCGGAUCAUCUGGGAUCUCAAUUACUAUUGCAACCAAUGCAACUUUGUCCUUCAUAAAUCAUGCGCCGAAUUUCCUCGUUUAAUUAAACACCAACUUCACGAACACUCCCUAACUCUUUGUGACACUGCGCCUUGUGAUGAUGGCAGGCCUGUUAUGUGUAAUUCCUGUGACGAAAGGAUCGAUGGAUUUAAUUUCCAUUGUGCAGAUUGCAAAUUCACCCUCCACUUGGUCUGUGCUCGCACUUUUUUGCAUCCCAGUCAUGAACACAAUCUUGUCUUUGACUCAGAACCACGAUAUUCUACAGGCAUGUUCCGUUGUGAUGCCUGUGGUGAGCUUGGGCAAGGUUUUGGCAUGCACUGCACUCACAAUUGUAACUUUGACCUACACAUGGAGUGUUUUGCUUUGCCAGGCAGCAUUAAACAUGAAUGCCACCCACACCCUCUCUCCCUUGCCUCCUCUCCCACAGUUGUCUCAGAUAAAUCUCACUGUGACAUUUGUGACAAGGAAGUUGACCCAGAAUUAUGGAUCUUCCAUUGUGAAGAAUGUGACUAUAUUUCUCACCUGAUUUGUGUGGCUAGUGAUUUGCUCAGAUCCUGGAAAGCAUCCAACGCCCAACCUAAUUUCCACACUAUUCUUUCGUGUGAAGAAGCAUCAAUCAAAGCACCGGAGAUGCCACCACUCUGUUACUAUCUGUCCGGUAACAAGAAUACGUCACUCCACUCUCGCAAUCCGUUAUUUAUUAGUCCUGAUGCAUUGAAGCUUCUGGCAAAUGAAAAUGAUGAUGAACCAGCAAACCCAAAUAUGACAGAUUUUGCAAUCACGCAAACCAAUGAUGAUGAAAAUAAUACCGUGACUGUCCAUUGGAUUUCAAGCAGUUUCCAACAUUCUGGCCAUAACCAUCCUUUAACUCCCUUGGAUGAGCCCUUGGAUGAAAUUUAUUGCCUCAUAUGUAAGCUAGUAAUCUUUCCUCCAUCUUACUCUUGUGCCCAAUGCCAAAUAUUUCUCCACAAAUCAUGUGCUGAGCUACCCCAAAAGUACUCAAGUCAUCCAGAACACACCUUCACACUAGUACCACCACCAUUUGAGGAAGGCUUGUCUGCCUGCAAUUUUUGUAAGAAACCCAUAACCAGCUAUGCCUACAGUUGUACGUGUGAAGUCAUCCUUGAUGUCCAGUGUGCUUUUGGAGUACCAAUUAUGAAACACAAACAUCAUAAACACCAUUUCUUUUGCUCGCGUUUUGGAUUCAUCGAGUGCAGAGCAUGUGGUGAGCCUAUUAACAGUGAAUUAGGCCCCAGCUUCAAUUGUGGACAAGUUGGAUGUGUUUCAUCUAUCCAUGCUGAAUGUGCUUUAUUACCUUAUACCAUUGCACAUAGAAUACACAGGAGGCACUCUCUUGAGCUCAUUAGUGAUCUUAAUAUUUCAGAAGAGUUCUAUUGUGAUGUUUGUGAAACUGAGGUGAACCCUAAACUCUGGGCUUACCAUUGUUACAGUUGCGAUGCUAGUGAUCAUGUGGAUUGUGUAAUUUCAAGGAAACGCAUUUUACAAGACGUGUCGGAUGCAAGCGCGUAGAAGAUUUUAAGUUUUGAGCAUAUGGUUUUGGUGGAUCAUUUGGUUGACAAAUUAAAGAUUAGGUGCAUUAAGCAGCCAAGAACAGGAUGAUGACUUCAGUUCCCUGUUGUGAUUUUCAAAGCACCAAAAUAGUUGGCUCGUGGUAUUUGUUAUAUAUUUGUGGACCGAUUUUAAAGAAUUUAAUCUUAUUUGUUUUGGAUUGCAACAGCA